CAUAGAUCACUGAACAUUUGGUUAAUAAUAAGACCGGGCAUGUUUGUAUAAGUGCAUGCAACAAGAGUGUCCCUCUCCAUGGUAAUGAUUGCUUGUGUGCUUACUGCCUGUGCAGGGACGUUUGGCGUCUGCUAUGUCAUCGUGGUGGUGGUCAUCUGCUACCCAGUGCUGUACGUUGAGUCGGUCUUGUCGCAGUUCACUAAAAGUGGAAACCGAGGCAUCUUCAACUGCUGCCCACUGUUCCGAGGGCUGAGCUACUCGAUGGCCUACUUCGCGGUGAUGGUCAACCUGCCCCAGUACAGCACCGUGUCGCACGCCAUCAUCUACCUGUUUCACUCGCUGGAGGGCGUCGUGCCCUGGUCCAGCUGCGAGCUGGCCUCGUGGGCUGCGGACAACACCAGCUGCUACGCGCCCUCGUCCGAAUACGUAAGCCGCGUUAUCGUGAAAUGA